CACACACUCACAGCUCCCCCGUUCCUCCGUUCGCGAGUCACCGGGUAGGAGGAGGCGAGCGCGACCAGACCUCCAGGUGUGUGUAGAUGUAUGUGUGUGAGUGUUCCGUUCACACCUGGACGGAUCAUGUGAUCAUAUACCUGAGCGUGGAGCGUUCAAAUCUUCAGCGUGUCAUUCGGUAACGGGGAUCCCGGAUCCGCAGAUCUCCGUCUGUCCACGCGUGAGUGACAUGUGAACUUUCCGUGCACCGGGAAUCUAUUCCGCUCAUUCUAAGGGGAAAUCUCUGCUCUGGGCACCGCAACUACAGGACUGCCGAGGUUUUCCACUCCUCCUCCUCCUCCUCUUCCUCUGGGCCAACAGACUGUAAGAUAUCCAGAGAACAGGACCAGAAGGGAACACAAGCUGGACUCCAUCUGAUCUGUAUAUUAAUGCGCCAAGUUCCUUCAACCCUUCACAACACCACAAACAGCCUGCAGUGUGUUGGAGGCUGAACAGACGGACUCUUCACUCUUAUGUCAAGCAGCAAUUAAAGCAAUUUUCGCCCUUGGAACAAUGGCUCCCUGGUUACCAGCGGUCCUACUGGUGCUACAAGUAACCACUGCAUCGUCUGAAGACUCCGUGUUUGAGUUUUCCACUGACACGCCAAUCAAUAACGUGGUGCAGGACCCUCUGACGGGACGUGUUUAUCUGGGUGCGGUCAAUGCCAUUUAUCAGUUGGACUCUUUAUUGAAUCUUGAGGCCAGAGCUGAAACGGGGCCCAAGAAAGAUGCUAAAGGUUGCACGCCUCCGGUGUCUACUUGCCAGGACCUGAAAGACACCAACAAUACCAAUAAACUCUUGCUGGUUCAUUCGGCAAACGGGUCACUAAUAGUCUGUGGGAGUUUGUAUCGAGGAAUCUGCUCUUUGCUCAACCUCACCAAUGUCAAAGAGCAGAUCUAUUAUAGUGACAGCAAAGGAGAGCGUACUUAUGCUGCCAGUACUGAAGACCAUGUUUCCGUAGUGGGGGUCAUGGCCACGCUUGAAAUCGACAAUAAGCCAUUCAGUGUCUUUUUAGUGGGGAAAGGAUAUGGAAGCAUGGACAGCUCCAAACUCAUCAGCACCCGAAUUGUUCAGAACUAUCGCGACUGGGUUGUGUUUGAAAGCAUCAUCGAGGCGUCUACCGUCCAAGCGGUUCCCUUUGUGCCCAAGUACCUGCAUGACUUUCGCUUCGCCUUUAAAAACGACAAUUUUGUCUACUUCCUCUUUUCGCGCACUCUUGGCAGAACCGACAACAAGAACUUUACUUUCAUCUCGCGCCUCUGCGAGAACGACAAUCACUAUUAUUCGUAUACAGAGCUUCAGCUUAGCUGUGGCCAGAACAAUCGGUACAAUAAAGUCCAGGCGGCGUAUUUGUCAGAUCCAGGGAAAGAGUUGGCCCAGGUGAUGACUGAUUCUGGAGAGUACGGCACUGUCAAGGAAUGGGAUAAAGUCUUGUUUGUGGUGGCUAGCUUAGAGGAAGGGGCCACCGAAUCUGCUUUGUGUAUGUACCCCCUUAAAAACAUCAACCAGAAACUGUUGGCCAUCGUUACGGCUUGCUACACUGACAAUGGGAAGAUUGAUGACAGAUUAGUCGUGGAGAGUCCCUACACGUCCAGUAAAGAUGGUCCUUGUGUCAAACAUGAUAAAGACAUAGUGAACCGGUAUAAGUGCGGAGCUGAUUUUCUCCCGUCACCGUUGGCCAGUCGACAGGACUUUGCCUUGAAGGCCAAUCCAGUCUUCACCAGACAGAACCUGCUGACCGCGGUGGCCGUGGCUGUCGAGAAUGAUCACACCAUUGCCUUUCUGGGGCACAAUGCUGGAGAGGUGAUCAAGGUACAUUUGUCAAGCCCGCCAGAGCCAUACAAUCCCGGCCCGGGCUACAAAACCAGCGGUUACGUAAAUAAGAACCUUUUCUUCGACAAAGCCCAGGCGCACUUGUACAUCACCACCGAGAAAAAGAUUGUGAAGGUGCCCGUUCAGGCCUGCCAUCUGAAGCAGGACUGCCAGUCGUGUGUCGCUCAGAGAGAUCCAUACUGUGGCUGGUGUGUGCUGGAGGGAAGAUGCAGCAGGCGAUCGGAGUGCAGCCGCGCGGAGGAGAAGAACGGCUGGCUGUGGAGCCCGAACCAACAGUGUGUGAAAAUCAUCUCCUUCCACCCGCCAAAUCUCAGCUGCUUGAAGUCCCAGCAGGUUGAGAUAAACGUGCGAUCACUGCCCAUCCUCAGAGAUUCAGACCGGAUUCGCUGCAGUUUCGGCUCUUAUAACAGCACUGCCAAGAUGGUGGACGGACGAAUCAGCUGCCAUUUACCUGAACAGCCCUUCAUUCCACCAACACCUCCAAACCAGGAUUUCGUUGCGGUUCCAGUCCAUAUCUAUGUGAAUGUUAGCGUGAAAGUGGCGGCCAGCGAAUACAAGUUCUACAACUGCGCCGCGGCCAUCCAGAAAGCACAAAACACACCAUGCACCUCGUGUGUGAGCAGCUCUUGGGGAUGUCAGUGGAACGUCGCCGCACACACCUGCACGGACCUGAGCGAUGCUGAAACCGGAACUAAUAUCAUCAAGCAGAGACAGAAUAAAAGCUGCCCACGCUUUGAGAAUCCCGAUCCCGUCCUCAUCCCGGUCGGAUAUAAAACACGGAUCAGUUUCGAAGGCAUUAAUUUGGACCCAUAUAAGGGUCGUGAUUUCACCAUCGGGACCGAGCUGAUGAGGGGUGAGGAGGAUGUCAACACUGAAUCAGGCCCUUUCUACUCUUUCAGCGGAUACAUGUUCUCCUUCGACAAAGCUCACGAAACCAGCGUUCUGUUCCACGUACGGGACAAACACACGGGCAAGAAGAUCGACAGCAGCCUUAAUGUGACUCUCUACAACUGUUCUCUGGGUCGUGAAGACUGCAGCUUGUGUAAAAACGCAGAUCCCAAAUACCAGUGUGUGUGGUGCCGUCAGACCAGCGCGUGUGUAUAUGAGCAGCUCUGUGCCUCCAGAGACCCUGUGGAGUGUCCCGACCCGCAGAUCACAGACAUCACACCGAGAUUCGGGCCCCUGAAGGGAGGAAUCGCCAUCACCAUUAAAGGCUCAAAUCUGGGCAUUCAGAAAGACGACAUUAAAAACAUCACAGUGGCCGGAGUCAACUGCAGACACCUGCGGGAGCGAUACUCCGUCUCAACCAGUGUUAUUUGUCAAAUCGGGCCGGCGAACUUGCGUAAAAGUGGAGUGGUGGAGAUCGAGGUGGGCAGAGGAAGGAAGGGGGUGUCCUCGAAAACAGUCCAGUUCACAUACAGGGAUCCUGUUCCUCUCAGUGUGUUUCCUAAUCGAGGUCCCAAAGCUGGAGGAACAGUCCUCACUAUUACUGGACAAGACCUGAACACGGCUUCAAAAGAAGACCUGCUCAUCCUGGUGGGAGACGUGCCCUGCCGAGUUGAGAGUUUCGGAGAUCAGAUCACCUGUAAACUGUCUGAGUAUCUGGGGGAUACGGUUCCUUCUGCUCGCCUGGACGUCAAAGUUCAGUACGGGCCGCAAAUCCCAACCAGCAUCAAGACAGCCUUUCAGUUCUCCAACAACCCCUCAGUGUCGGACCAUCAGCCCCGCAGCAGCUUCAUCUGUGGUGGCAGGAGAGUGGUGGUGCAGGGCUCUGGAUUCGAUCUGGUCCAGAAGGCCUCCAUCAGGGUGGUGGCGUCUGCUGGAGAGUGGUCAGGACAGGCCAUCCCGGAGGAGUUCGUCGAGGACUUCCAACACAAAAACGACACUAUGGUCACAUUCCUGUCACCCGCAGUCAACGAGUCCCAGUCCUUCCGGACGUUCGUUCAGCUCGAUAACCUCCAGAUGGAGCUGACGCCGUUCGAGUAUCACCCAAACCCCACAUUUGAUGAGCUCUCCAAGAGUGUGAUCACCGAAAACAGCAUGAUCAUCGUCACUGGUCGUGGUUUUUCCAAAGCGAUGACGGCGAAGGAGGCGCAGGCGUUUGUGGGGGAUGUGCAGUGUAUGGUCAACACGCUACAGGAUGAUAAAUUAUUCCUGGAUCCGCCGAUGAGCACACCUAGAGCUCGAUCUAAGAGACAGAGGCGAGACACUGGGUCAGACCCGCUGGACCUGCUGAUUAAGUUUGGCAGGGGCGAGUGGGUGGUGGGCUCUGUCCACUAUGAGAGGAAGUACAGUCUCCCGCUGGCCAUCAUCAUCCCGGCGGUGGUGGUGCCCAUGCUGAUGAUCAUCGCCAUCUCCGUGGUCUGCUACAGGAGGAAGAGUCAGCAGGCGGAGCGAGAGUACGAGAAGGUCAAACACCAGCUGGAGAACCUGGAGGAGAGCGUUCGAGACCGCUGCAAGAAAGAGUUCACAGAUCUGAUGAUUGUAAUGGAGGAUCACACUAAUGACAUCAGCGAGGGCCGAAUCCCCUUCCUGGACUACAAGACCUACACUGACCGAGUUUUCUUCCUGCCCUCGAAAGAUGGCGCCAAUGAUGUCAUGAUCACUGGUAAACUGGACAUCCCAGAAUCCCGCAGGGCGACGGUCACGCAGGCACUGAACCAGUUCUCCAAUCUGCUCAACAGCAAAACCUUCCUCAUCAAUUUUAUCAGAACACUGGAGGGCCGUCCGGAUUUUAACGCCAGGGCCAAAGUGUAUUUUGCAUCUCUGCUGACCGUAGCUCUUCAUGGUAAACUGGAGUAUUACACCGACAUCAUGAGGACACUUCUGCUGGGGCUCAUGGAGGAUUACGUUCACAGCAAGAACCCAAAACUGCUGCUCCGCCGAUCUGAAACAGUGGUUGAAAGGAUGCUGAGUAACUGGAUGUCCAUCUGUCUCUAUCAGUACUUGAAGGACACUGCUGGAGAGCCGCUCUACAAGCUCUUCAGGGCCAUAAAGCACCAGAUAGAGAAGGGCCCGGUGGACGUGCAGGUGAAGAAAGCCAAAUACACACUCAACGACACCGGUCUUCUGGGAGAUGACGUGGAGUACAGCAUUCUGACGCUGCAGGUGCUGGUUCAGGGCGAGGGGCCCGACAUCACCCCAGUGAACGUCUUAAACUGUGACACCAUCUCUCAGGUGAAGGAGAAGAUCCUGGAGCAGGUCUACAAGAAUCUGCCCUACUCACAGAGACCCAAAGUAGACAGUGUCACCCUCGAAUGGCGGCCCGGUUCCACAGGACAGAUCCUGUCAGAUCUAGAUGUGACUUCACAGAAGGAGGGCCGGUGGAGACGCAUCAACACACUGGCACAUUAUAACGUCCGUGAUAACGCAACCGUGAUCCUCUCCAGCGUUCAGCACACACAACAGUCGUACGACCAAAAUCACGACAACCAUGAAGAGAGAAACGCCCUGCUGGAGGACGAUAAAGUUUUCCACCUGGUGCGACCGGCCGACGAGCUGGAUGAGAUCAAAUCCAAGAGGGGAAGCAUAAAGGACAAAUCCAUGACCAAAGCCAUCACUGAGAUAUAUCUCACCCGACUGCUCUCCGUCAAGGGUACGCUACAGCAGUUUGUGGAUGAUUUCUUCCACAGUGUUCUCUGCUCCGGCGCUGCCGUCCCGCCGGCUGUGAAAUAUUUUUUCGACUUCCUAGAUGAGCAAGCGCUGCGACACGAGAAUGUAGACGAGGAAACCAUCCACAUCUGGAAGACCAACAGUUUGCCGCUGCGCUUCUGGGUGAACAUCCUGAAGAACCCGCACUUCAUUUUUGAUGUGCACGUGACCGAGGUCGUGGACGCCUCUUUGUCCGUGAUAGCUCAGACCUUCAUGGAUGCCUGCACCAAAACAGAGCACAAACUGAGUCGGGAUUCUCCCAGCAACAAAUUACUCUAUGCAAAGGAGAUCUCUACCUACAAAAGGAACGUAGACGAAUACUAUAAAGGAAUCCGACAGAUGGUGUCAGUCAGUGACCAGGAAAUGAACACACAUCUGGCUGAAGUGUCACGGGCACACACAGAUAAACUGAACACACAAGUGGCCCUUCACCAGCUCUACCGGUACGCCAGUAAAUACUACGAUGGGAUCAUCAUGUCUCUGGAUGAAGAUCCCACCGCUCAAAGUAAACAGUUAACCCUGAGACUGCAGCAGAUCGCAGCGGCGCUGGAGAACAAAGUGACCGACCUCUAACCCCAUCACACACAACACUCAGUGUGUAUUUAGCUCAUCACUAUAAUCAGAUGUUCAAUUUCUUCCUGUGUAGAGACAAAAGGUUUUAAGAGUCGUAUUCUCUAUUUUUUUUAAUGUGCAGUCUUUAUGCAGAAAGCUUUAUAAGAGGAAAAUAACUUUUUAAUAGACGGCCUUGUGUCAGUUGUUUUUAAAGCUUCUCUGUGUGUGUGAGUGCGUAAGAGUGUGAGUGUGUGUAAAACAAUGCCUAUAUUUUGACCAAAAGGGAGCUGCCCGUGACCCUGCAGUGUUUGUGUGCAGGGGGUGUGCCUACGGUGAGGUCAUAGCUGGUAUCGUCCAAUCAAAAGCAGCCGAAGGUGACAGUAGGAUAUGCAUGGGAUGUGUUCAGAUAGCAUACUAGCAUACUCUUCAUACUGCUUCUGUAGUAUGCACUGUGUGUGUAUAUUGUGUGCAAAUUACUGGUAAAAUCUGACAAAAUAUGCAGCAUUAAGGUGUUUGGGGAACUUUUGCAGGUGGAUUAAACAUAGGGUGAAAGAUUUCCACACACCGAUUUUGCAACUGAUUCAAGUUGGUCAGAUUUGCUACUGUUUGUUUACCAACUGAAAAAAUAACUUUGAAAUUUCCAUGGACAGUCAUUUUUUCCUAUGGAUCUUUUUGACAUCAAAAUAUUAACAACACAUAUUUAACUGGUCCUUUUUAACUCAUUUUACUGCCAAAGUUGCGUCAUUUCUACACAAAAUUUGUUAGAUAUUAUAUAUAAGUAUUAUUCAAACAUUUCAUACUUACAUAGCAUAAAUAUAGUGUAGUAUGCUAGUAUGUAAUAGAGUGCAACAGUGCAGCUCCAGAACUAAAAACGCAUUCAUUUUCUCCAUAAAGAAAACAAUAAGUAAUAAAAGACUGACCGGUUGUAAAUUCUAAUGUCUCAAAUUGAUUGCAUACGCUAUUCUUAAAGCCAUCUGUUUGCAGUUAUUCAAUUUAUUUGAAAAUCAAUCAUGUUUAAUAUCCACACUUAUCAUACAGACUACAUUACCCAUGAUGCUUUACAGACUUUCCACCAAUCAGAGAGCAAAAUGCGCCAUCUUUAGCCUCACCCGCUCACUUGAAGCACUACAAAGGGUGUUAGUUUGUCUCUCUACAUUUAAAUAUUCAUAAAUAUAUGCAUAUUUUGCAAUAAACAUAAGAUAUGUUUAUUUGUAGAUGCAACCAACAACUUUUAAAGGAGUACAUUCAUACUUCUUUGCUUCAAGUGAAAGUUUGUAGUGUUGUGAUUCUCCUCGUAGCCGGUGAGUUUGGUUCAUGAACUACAAUUAAUUAACAAUGAAUUUUUUAAUCCAUUUGAAUGGGAAACUACUUCUGGAACCAGAGCUGGUCAAAAAAUUGAGCGCUUAUGCACUCUGUUCCAAACAUAUCAGCUUUAAUGGUCAAGUGACCACCAUUUAAUAACCACCUGCACUGUAAAAAACAAAUCUGUAAAUGAACAUUUUCCUGUAUUUUGUUAUUCGUGUUUCUUAUUUAUUUGUUUACACUUUUGAUUACGGAUUAUGGGACAUUGAUCUUUCCUCCAACAACUUCAGAUGUUCGAUUGUUGUAGAAAGUUACUUUUAUUUAAGCUACCUUAAUGUACAAGUAGCUAAAACUAGCUCAUUCAGAGGCGGGAACUGGUGGACGUGCAACAUCUGUAAUCAUAUGGUUAACGCAAAACAGAAGUUUCAAUCUGGAGCUACUCCACAGAACUCGACACUUGUAAACAAUCGCUCCAUAGUAUUUUUUUAAAUGGAGUUUUCCCUGCGUUCUUUUUAUUCUUAUUUUCUACAUCCACAAGACAACGCAAAAACGCACUGUAAUGCAUGUUAAGGGCACUCCGAACCAACAGGUGGCGAUAAUGACAUUUUUAUGCUGAGUUCACACCAAAUGCGGUAAUUACGUACUUUGUCAAUGCAAAUGAUGCAUUUGGUGAGAACGUGCGGAACUUCUCUCAUUCCCGUUAUCCAUGUUUGGUGUGAACCCAGCAGUGUUGGAUGGAUGGGUGGACGGAUGGAUGGAUGAUUAGGUAGAUAGAUGGAUCAGCAUUGUUUGGCCAGAUGGGUGGGUGGAAGGAUAGAUAGAUCAGCAGUGUUGGCCAGAUAGAUAGAUAGAUGGAUGGAUGGAUGGAUGGAUGGAUGGAUCAGCAGUGUUGGCCAGAUAGAUGGAUGGAUGGAUGGAUGGAAGGAUAGAUAGAUAGAUAGAUAGAUAGAUAGAUAGAUAGA